AUGCCUGGACAUCCCUCUUGCCGUCAUUUGUCACAAGAAGAGAUUACAACCAUUGAAGAUCUGACUAAAUUGGGAGUGCCACCGCGCCAAAUUCUUUCUUCACUGAGACAAAGGAAUCCAAAGCUUCAAGCAAUAUCAAGAACAAUCUACAACACGAAGGUGAAACUUCGAAAGGAACACUUAGCAGGGCGAAGUGUGAUCCAGACAUUGUUUGAAGAGUUUUGUCAAGGUGAUUUUAUUUUUGAUGUUGCAUACGACCAAAAUGGGCAUUUGACGCAUCUUUUUUUUGCACACCCUUCUUCAAUCACAAUGACCAAAAGCUAUUCAAAUGUUUUUGUGAUGGAUUGCACUUACAAGACAAAUAAGUACAAGAUGCCACUACUUGACAUAAUUGGAGUUUCAAGUUUUAAUAGUUCAUUCUAUUCUUGUUUCGCCUUUUUGGCAAAGGAGGGAGAAGGAGACUAUAUUUGGGCUUUGCAAAAUUUCAGCAAGAUAUUGGGUCCUACAUGCCAUCCUUCUGUGAUUGUGUCGGAUAGGGAAUUGGUCUUGAUGAAUGCAAUACAAGUGGUUUUUCCAUCAACUGUACAUCUCUUGUGUGUGUGGCACAUUGAGAAAAAUAUUUUGGCAAAUUGCAAGUCUUACUUUGAAACUCAAGACAACUGGACCACAUUUUUGACUACUUGGAAUCAAGUGAUAAGCUCUCAAGAUGAACAAGCAUUCAACGAAGCUUGGAAAUUAUUUGAGCUAUUGUACAAGGAGAAGGAAAAAGUGUUGUGUUACAUUAGAAAGACAUGGCUUCCAUUCAAGGAGCGAUUUGUGCAUGCAUGGACUGAAAAUUGUUCUCAUUUUGGAAAUCGUGUUUCUUCAAGAGCAGAAGGUGCACAUGCAAAAUUGAAACAAUAUUUGCAAGUUUCAACCGGUGAUCUCCAUCAAGUAAAGAUCAAGAUAUGCCUUGCAAUUGACAAUGAGUUUAAUGAGAUAAAGGCGCAACUCUCAAGUGAAAGGAUUCGAAUACCCCACAAAUGCGAUAUCUAUUUUUUUAAGGAACUUAUCAUUAAUGUGUCGUCAUUUGCUUUGGGUGAACUACUUAAACAAUAUGAAAUGGUCAAGUAUGGGACAAUGCGUUCAACAUGUACAGGACAUUUCAUGGCAAGUAUGGGUCUUCCUUGUGCGCAUAAGAUGAUUUGUUGGAAAGGUAAGGUAAUACCCCUUGAUGAAAUACACACACAGUGGAGGAUUGAUAAAAGAUAUUUGGUUGUUCCUGAUGUUAGAGAAACUAAUGCAGGGGAAUUCAAGAGGCUGGUUCAUGUUUUAGAAGAUAAAUAUCAAGAGUGGCCUCAAAGUCAAAAGGAAUGUGUUCAGCAACAAAUUUCUCAACUUAUAAAUCCAUCUGUUCCAUUGGUUCUUGAGCCAAAUAUUCUACCUCAUAAAGGGCGUCCAUCGGAGUCCAAGAAAGGUACUACCUCUACAAGGCGGAACGCUUCACAAUUUGAGAUUGUGGAGGCAACAAGAAAGUGUAGCAUUUGUAAAUGUGUUGGUCAUAAUAGUUGA